AUGAGGCGUGAGGUUUCUGCCCUGAAAAAAGAAAACAAAACUGUUCUAACAAAGAUGAAGAAGCUGGAAGAUCAGGCCGAGGCUGCUACUAAGGCCCAACAGAUGGCCGAAGAAAAAGCGGAGUCUGCUGAGGCGAUCAAAAAAGUUGCCGAGGCCGAGAAGAGAGAAGCCGAGGUUAAAAAGGCCCAGGCUGAGAAGGAGCUCCAGAAGGCUCUGGCCACCAAGGGGGCCGAAAUCAAAGAAGCUGAUGAGAAGGCUUACGCCGAGGGCAUGGCCGACGUUACUGAGGAGUACAAAUUUCAAGUCAGGCAGGCAUGCAAUAGGGGCUUCUCCCUUGGUUGGACGGCCCUUGCCAAAAAGCUUAACAUUCCAGACGAUUUGCCACUGCCCAAUGCCGACGCUAUUUCUCUGCCGUUCCCCCCUCCUCCUCCAUCAAGUCAAGCUGAAGGAGAGUCUAAAUCUGAGUCCGAAGAUGCCGAUGAGGAAGAGGAUGGGGCCUUGGUCAGAAAAUCAAAGGAUGCUGAUGGGGCUAAGUCCCCUCCUCUGAAUAAGCAAGUCCUUGACUUGACUCAAGAUGAAGAAGGUGAUGAGGUUAUCCCUGAAGCUGUUCCUGACACUGUUCCAGCCGACAUCCCGUCUGAGGUUAAGACUGUUGAACAAACUCUUCAGGAAAUUGACGCCGAAAUAGCGGCAGAGAAGGAGGCCAAGGUUGUAUUAGAUCUCCAAAUUCAACAAUCUGGAGAAGAAGACCCUUAG